AUGUUAUCUGUACAACAGAAUUAUUCAAGACUUUUUAGACCUUGGGAUGUGAGUGAAAGAAAGGAUGCGGAAGGGGUUAAUAUUACGAGUGAAAAAGUUGAAUUAAAAGAAACGCAACUGAAAAACAGAAAAGAACAAAAGCGGGAAAAUCGUCUGAGAAAGAUCCGAGGUACUUUUAAGAAGACGGAUAUUAAUAAUUAUCAAGAUGCUACCGUCUCGACAACUACAUUUGAAUGUGAUGAUGAUAAAAAACUUCCAAAAGUUAUUUCGGAUUCACCAGUCGCAAGUUUAAGCCUCUGUUGUGAUAGGUUAUUGCAAGAUCCAGAUAAAGAAGUUAAAGAAGAAAAACCAAAAGAAAAUGUGCCCAAAAAUUCACCUGAAAAUUUAUAUCCACAUAAUAUAAUAUUCCCACAAAACACUGUGUCUUCAAAUUUAUACGGUCAUGGAUUGCUACCUGAAUAUAUGCCGAUGGAUAUAGCUCAGACAUUAGGCGUUCCACCGACGGAUCCCCUGUUACUAGAAUCUUUAGCCCAAGGUUACGCAAUGGAACUAGAAUAUGCGAGAAUACUACAGCAAGAAAACGAGGCUAAGCUACUAAAUGCCAGAAAGCAAAGGCCAAAAAAGUAUAAAUGUCCACAUUGCCAAGUCGGUUUCUCCAACAACGGCCAGUUAAAAGGUCAUAUCAGAAUACACACAGGCGAGCGGCCUUUCAAAUGUGAUGAGAAAAAUUGCGGAAAGACUUUCACGCGUAAUGAGGAACUAACAAGGCAUAGGAGAAUCCAUUCCGGGGUCCGACCGUACCCAUGUCCGACUUGUGGAAAGAAGUUCGGAAGACGGGACCAUUUGAAGAAGCAUACAAGAACACAUUAUCUUCAGGCUGAAAGGAUGAUGCCAGUCUUUGUGCCUUUAUCCGCUAUGCCACAUGUUGGCGGAUUUCCAUAUUUGUAUGGCUAUUAG